ACUUGUAAACCUACCCUAUUGGUGUACAUGUCCAAAGAAAAUCGUCCUUAGAAAUCCCAUGUUAUAAAAAGCACACACAAUAGUGUCAACGGGGAAGGGGGCAAUGAUCAGAGUUUCAGACUCGCAAAUACAAACUUAUUUUUCUUUCAGAUUUUUCAAAAAUACAGCUCUUUUCAAUUGUAAUAAGUUUAUUUAUUUUUUAUUUCUGCAAGAUAAUAAUUCUAAAGGUUGUAUGUUACAUUGUUUAAUCGAGAAUGAAUGGGAAAACUUGUCAAUUUCAAUGGCCACCCGCAUUUAAAAUAUCAGCUGUGUUCAUAAUAGACAAUGGUGUCUGAUAUGAACACAGCUGAUAUUUUAAAUGCCGGUGGCCAUUGAAAUUGACAAGUUUUCCCAUUCAUAGUGUCUGAUCACUGCGGGGAGGAUACGUUGAAACAGCACUCACCCAGACUGUUAUGUUCCCCAAGACAGCUAGUCGAUUUCCAUAGUAUUUUUAAGUAGUUCUCUGAUCCUGUAUAACCUUUUCAUUCCAAAAAGUGCAGGUUUGUAGGUUAAUUGUCUUUGGCAAAUUAUAAAUUGUUGCUAGUAUGAAGGAUAGUGCUAGUGCAUAGAUCACUAGUCGGUGCGGACUUCUAACGAAAGGACGCAAAGUGUUGGAGUAACUCAGCAGGUCAGGCCAAAGAUCUUUGGGUCAGGCAGUGUCUCUGGAGAACAUGGACAGGUGACGUUUCGAGUUUGACGUUCCCAAAACGAAACCUCGCCUAUCCAUGUUUUCCAGAGACGCUGCCUGACCUGCUGAGUUACUCCAACACUUUGUGUACACCAGCAUCUGCAGUUUCAUUGUUUCCACAUUAGAGCAGGAUUUCUUGUAUUUUCACGAGGGGGUUGGAUAUGUUUUUGCAAAUGGAGGAGUGGGGGUGGGAUAGUGUUGGAAGAAGUGGUCGCCACUGAUAGGUACUUCCAGAGCGUUGGCACGGGCGCGAUGGGCCGGACGGCCUCGGACGGCCCGGGAUGUACGUUUCAACAGUUAAUGGUCUGCGUGUUUUGUGCAGUAAUCUUUCAUGUAAGCGCCGCCUAGUUGAUCUCACCUAUAACGCAGGGAGGUGUAACAGACACCCAGUCUCGGCGCUGUCGAUCACAAGCCGGAAUCACGCAGCGAUCUUAGCUCUUUUAUUUAAUGAAAAAAAUAUCAUCGGGGCCGUAAAAACUGCAGCAUUUAAAACCCAGCUUAAAGCUCCAGGCAACGAAAAAGAAAGGAAACGAGAGGGAAGACAUUUCGAGGAGGCCGGAGUUUGUGUGUGUGUGCGUCUCGGAGUAAAGUUUAUUUACCCGGUCUUUCAUUCAAAUGGUCACAGUCGAUCGGUGGGCAGCGAGUUCGAAACUGCAGCGAAUCCUUGCCAAGAUUUGCAAAUCAAAAAAAAAAUCUGACCUGCGGCGACUCUCCGCCAGAAAGUAAACCUUUAACAGUCGUUAUGCGCCUACUAGCGAGCAGCGUGGAAGAUCAUUCUGGGAGCACGACCGCUUGAUGCCUGAGUAAAUGUUGGCAGCUUGUAUCUUCACCUUGUCUUGCUGUCUCUGUCUCCCAGCUAUACGCCGCACGUCACAAUGCCCACACAGAGAGGCUGUGGCACUGGAGGGCACCUCUUCCUGGCCUUGAUCCUCGGAGUUACCCUGUGCCUGACAACGCAUGGCUUGGAUUACGACAAUACUCCCAGAUGGACAACAUGGAUACAAGAUUUACGUGAUUAUACACAAUUCAGGCAAACCGUGUCGAACUCCACCACAUUCUGGCUUGAGGAGCAGCAGAAGGUCCUUUACGUUGGAGCAAGAAAUGCCAUUUUUGCCCUGAAUACAAACAACAUCAAUGACCAGUCCAUGAAAAUGAUACGAUGGGAAGCUGUACCCGCAAAAACAAAGGAUUGUCUAAAUAAGCACGGGCAGGGAUUUGAGAACUGUCACAACUAUAUCCGUUUCCUGAGAAGAUUCAACGGGACACAUUUGUAUGCCUGUGGAACGUAUGCCUUCCUUCCUCAUUGUGCCUACGUUGAUAUUAAGCGCUUCACUCUCUCAGCUCCCUUUGAGGGGAAAGACAGUUGCCCUUAUGAUCCCACGGUUGGAUACACUGGUGUUGUCGCUGACAAUAAAAUCUACACUGCCACACUCUAUGGGUUUCAAGGUAGACAGGCUGACAUAAAAAAGAGAUUUGAUGGACGCUUGCUCAAGCUGGACGAUUCUGUUAUCUGGAAGGCACCAAACUUUGUUCACUCGAUGUUGUUGAGGGAGAGCGUCCGAAGUUCCGUGGGCGACGAUGACAAGAUUUACGUAUUCUUCACGGAGAAGCUGGGGGAUGAGAAUGCAUUUAACGGAGAGCCACUGGUGAGCCUGGUGGCCCGUGUCUGCAAGAAUGACGAGGGCGGAUCGAGAACGCUACAGAAGAAGUGGACAUCUUUUCUAAAGACCCGCAUUGUGUGCUCCAUCCCAGAGUAUAACUUCCAUUUCAAUAUCUUGAAGAGUAUCUUUGUGUUUAACCAAAAGACCUGGCAGAACACCAUCAUUUACGGAGUGUUUGGAUCGCAGUGGCAAAACGUACAAAUCUCCGCCGUCUGCCAGUACACCAUCGCGGACAUCCGAAAGGCGUUUGAAGGGCCGUACAAGGAAGACCAGGAGUCUGCCCGCUGGUGGGCAAGGUACACCGGUGCUGUUCCAACGCCACGCCCAGGAUCGUGCAUCACAGAUGCGUUCAAGAAAGCAGGGGUCAAGACGUCCCGCGAUCUGCCAGACAACGUGCUGGAAUUUGUGAAGAAACACACGCUGAUGGACGAAGAGGUCAGACCCGUGGGCGGCCGGCCGCUCGUUACCAAGAAGCUCGUCAACUACACAAAGAUGGUGGUGGACACAGUCACGGCACUGGACGAUAAACAAUACCAUGUGAUGUUCAUCGGAACAGCUGACGGUUGGAUCCAUAAAGUCGUGCAUGUUGGGGCCAGAUCGCACGCCAUCGAGGAGAUGCAGAUCUACAAGGAGCCGCAGCCUGUGGAGAGUCUGGUGUUAGUCGGCGACCAGUUACAGAGGACCCUGAUCGUGGGGGCACGGAGCGGGGUGAUACAGGUGGCCGUGUCGAGCUGCCACAAAUACCGCAGCUGUCUGGAUUGUAUUAUGGGUCGAGACCCUUACUGCGGUUGGGACGGAAAGAGUUGCCAGGAGGUUCAGCUGCAGAAGGACAGAACGGGGUUGAUUCAAGACAUUGUGAAUGGGAACAAAGGGUGUUUGAAGAGCAAGGCAUAUGUCAUGAUCAAAAAAGUCCCGAAGGAUGUCGACCUCAUCUUGCCGUGCCCGCUGAGUUCCAACACGGCCACGGUGCUGUGGACAUUUGGCGGGAAAGAUCUCCCCGGCGGCAGCGAGCCACGGUACCAGCUAGACGGCAAAUUGCUGGUGGUGAGACAGGUACAGGCCCGUGAUGCCGGCAGAUACCACUGCCAUGCCCGGGAGAACGGCCUGGUCUACCCAGUGGCUUCCUACGAUGUCCGUGUGGGCCUACGUUCGAUGUCCACCAUCCGGGAGAUCAUCUACCUGUUCCUCAUUGUUGCGCUGGGCGUCGCUACUGUGGUGCUGUCCGUUCUGUGCCUCUACCUCUGCUAUUCACCAGCCAGGCGGGGUAAGAGCAGAAUACACCUUACAGGCGCCUCGGGUAUGGAGCUGCAGAACGUCGCAGGUUUGGCCGCGGGCAAGGGCGAGGAGGAAGAGGCGGGCCGCUACUCCGGAGAGCGGUUCCUGAAGAUAAUCCCCGGGGAAGGGGCAGCCGCGGGGAACCACCUGUCGUCAACGUCCGCCAUGGUGGACCUGCUCCCCCCUCCUCCCCCACCACCGCCACCCCUCCCGCUGGCUCCCGACCCCGCCACUGCCGGCGCCACCCCCAACGGCCUGGCCGGCCUGCCUCACGUCCUACGCAAGAUGAACGGCAACAGCUACGUGCUGCUGAGGCAGGCCGGGGACGUGGAGACAAUCUCGUCCCACUACCACUCCUUCACCGAGGAACUGAGCAAGAUGCUGGAGAAAAGGAAACACGCCCAGUUGGUGGACAAGCUCGACGAGAGCUCGGUCUGAGAAACAGUGGUGGGGAUGGGGUCGGUGUGGUGGGCUGGUGUGAUGCUCCCAGCCAGAACUCAACACUAUCUACCUCAUUCAGUAUUCAAGGGAGACCCCAGUUACUGUCGCACCCACUCUCUCCCCCUCCCCCAAAAAACAUUUUUACUUCCACAUCCUGAACCCCAAGCAGAAUCUGGAAGCAACAUAUAUUUUCCCAAAAAAUAGCCCUGUAAAUAACUUGAAUAUAUGUGGCUUUGUUCAGGUAUCAAUCGAAUAAGGAUUUUUUUUUAAGAGACUUAAACAAUGGAGGACUACAGAAGGAAAGUGAAGUGAGAGGUUACUUUGGCUCGAACUUGUCGUGCAAUCAAGUGGAAGUUCUGAAUGUGUCACACCAAUUCCUUGGUAAACUAGGGAGAGAAUUCUCUUAAAAGUUUCUUUCCUUCAAGCUGGCUGGACUAUUACAACGGUGAGUCUGACAUUGAGUUUGAUUGUUGUUGGGGUUUUUUUUUUAUGUCUUGAAGUGAUCUCGUUUUAGUUUUAGAGAUGCAACGUGGAAACAGGCCCUUCGGCCCACAGAGACCAGGCCACCCAUGGAUUCACACUGAGUUCAAUGUUCUCCCACUUUCUCAUCCGCUAUCUCCGCAUUCUGGGCAACGUACAGAGAAGCUAGUUAACCUACAAACCAGCACUUCUUCGGGAUGUGGGAGGAAACCUGCAGGAAACCCGGGCGGUCACAGGGAGAACGUGCAAACUCCACACAGACCAAAGGGUAGGAGCGAACCCUGGUCUCUUUUUUCCACUGUGCAUCCAGAAUGUGGGAAAAAUGCAUAAAAUUGAUUUUAGGUGGUGUAUGUUUAAGAAACAACUGCAGAUGCUGGAAAAAUCAACGGUAGACAAAAAUGCUGGAGAAACUCAGCGGGUGAGGCAGAAUCUAUGGAGAUGCUGCCUCACCCGCUGAGUUUCUCCAGCAUUUUUUUCUACCUUAAGUUGUGUAUGUGUAUUUUAUAUGUGUAAAUCUGCAUGUAAAACUGGAGGGGUUUCCUGAAUCUCUGGAACCAAAUGGGAGAAAUGUUUUGGUUUCAGACAUAGUCCCUGCCAUCCAGUGGAUAUGAAUGAGGAGCAGCAGAGAGGUAGCCACAGUCCCAAUCAUCUCUGAGUUCCCUCAACUACUUGCCUUUUUACACUUUAGACUUUAGAGAUACAGCGCAGAAACAGGCCUUUCGGCCCACCAAACCCACGCUGACCAGUUAAAACGACUUAUUUUCGAUAAGAACAAAAUUAGGCUGGAGGAUACAGCACGGGUUGGCAAGUGAGGGGUCUGCUGGGAUAAGUGUUGUUGGGGUUGGUAUAGGAAAGUCCAUAUCGGAGAUGAGUCAUGACCUGAUUGAAUGUCAGCAUGGGCAUUGAAGACCUAAUACCCAUUCCUGCUUCUACUUAUUCCUGCUACAAACUCAGUGCGUUCCAACAACACAAAGCUCCUUCACUCUGCCCAGCUGGACAGCCGACUAGGUAACAGAUCUCUGCCAUUAAACAGUGUUGGUGGCUCAGCGCCAGAGAACAUCUCAGAGAUGAUUGGUGGUGAUGACAGUCAUUACACACAAUCACACUCAAGCCCCUCGAGUUGUUGAGUAAUUUACCAUGUGUUAAACAGAGCUGUUCAGGAGCAGUGAGCGAUUGGAAGGAAGUCUCAUGUUCAUGCUCUUUGUUUGGUGUUAGUCCACAUGUUCCAGCUUGUGUGGAUGAUAUCCCUUGUUUAAGAUUGCUUCUCCUGGGUACAAGAACAGCAUCCGAGCCAUAGAGUCGUGCAGAUUUGAAACAGUCCGCGCGGAUCGCUGGACAGCCCGGACUCGGUGGGCCGAAGGGCCUGUCUCCAUGCUGUAUUUCUAAAAUCUAAAGACUGACUCCAGAAACAUUGAUUUAGUAUACUGACCGCUGGUAGGAUAUAACUCAACUAUCCUGUUGCAUUAUUUACUAUCAAUGUGCAGUGAUCAGAUUGCUAUUUUGUCUGCUCAGAGAGUCAUACAACAUGGAAACAGGCCAUUCAGCCCAACUUGCCCAUGCUACCCUAUUCCCACCUACCCGCACGUGGCCCAUAACCCUCUAAACCUAUCCUAUCCAUCUACCUGUCCAAAUGUAUCUUAAAUGUUAUGAUAGUACCUGCCUCAACUACCUUUUCCAGCAGCUCGUUCCACACACCCACCACCCUUUGUGUAAAAAAAAGUUCCCCUCAGUUUCCUAUUAAAUCUUUCCCCCCUCACCAUAACCCUAUGUCCUCUGGUUCUCGAUUCCCCUACUCUGGGCAAUACACUCUAUGCAUUUACACAGAUGACACAGACAGAUGUGCCAUCUCCUAUUCCCAACUUGUUCCAACACUUGGCUUGAUGUAGUAUGACACGCUCUCCACACCACCCUUCUACACAAAACAGGACAGUGAAGCAAAGGGGCAACCAUUCGGCCCACAAUGUCUGUGCUGUACAUGCUGCCAAAUUAAUCUCCUCAGCCUGCACAUAAUUCAAAUCUCCCCAUUCAUUACAUAUCCAUGUGCCAAUCUAAAUAUGGCCUCUUCAACGCCACUGUUGCAUCUGCCUCCAUGGCUAGGUGAUGUUUCGGGUAGGUCUUCAGACCCUUCUUCAUUGGUAGCAGGUCUUUAAAAUGUUCCGGGUGUGGACUUCUAUGUAUCGACGAGACCAAGCAUAGACUGAGCAAUCAUUUUGCUGAACACCUUCGCUCAGCCUGCCUUGGCCUAUGUAAUCACCCGGUUACCAAACGCUUGAACUCCCUCUCCAAUUCCCAUACUGGCUCUUCUGUCCUGGGCCUCCUCUACUGUCAGAGUGAGGCCACAUGCAAAUUGGAGGAACAACACCUCAUAUUUCGCUUGGGCAGCUUACACCCCAGUGGUAUGAAUAUUGAUUUCUCUAACUACAAGUAACCCAUGCAUCUCCUCUCUGUCCCUCCCACAAACUAGUCAUCGUACUAGUUUCACUGUGGUCGUGCUGAGUUUCACUGUCGAUAUAACUCGUUAUCACUUACCCCAUAGCCAACCAUGGACCAUUGUGGGCUUCACGUUUCCUUGAUUUUUGCAUAUCUUUCAUUCAUUUGUUCUAUGUGCCAUCAAUAUCUCUCGUUCCCCAUUCCUCUGACUCUUAGUCUGAAGAUGGGUCUCGACCUGAAACGUCACCUAUUCCUUUUCUCCAGAAAUGCUGCCUGACCCGCUGAGUUACUCCAGUAUUUUGUGUCUGUCUUUCUUUAAAAUAAUACAAUGACAUAUUUGACAAUGACAAUGACAAGCACAGGAAGACCCAAAGAUACGAGCUGUACCACUUACAACAGUGAAAACAUGUUAAGAGUGGGUUGAGAUUAGGGGCCAAUUGUUCUAAAUCCAUAUUGGAGAUUGUAUAAUUAUAUGUUUCAAGGCCACAUUCUGCAAUGUAACCUGCUUAAUUUAUUUGUGGAUCGUUUUGUUACAACUGUACAUUAAAUUAAGUUUUGACCCAU